AUGCAUGCGAUUCUGCGACAAAGAGCGCGCGGGAGACGCAUUAUAUCGACGAUAAGCCGGCGAAGGCAUUUAGCGACAGCCUCCGAGGGCGCUAGGACCUUCGACGUGGUUGUCAUAGGCGGCGGCCAUGCCGGCGCUGAAGCCUGCACAGCGGCAGCGCGGGCUGGGGCUCGGACGGCGCUCAUCACGCCAAAGAUAGAAAAUCUCGGCACUUGCUCCUGCAACCCCAGCUUCGGAGGCAUUGGCAAGGGAACCAUACUCCGCGAGAUCGAUGCGCUCGACGGUGUCGCUGGGCGCAUAAUCGAUAAGGCUGGCGUCCAGUUCCACGUACUGAAUCGAAGCAAAGGACCGGCAGUUUGGGGUCCACGAGCGCAAAUCGACCGAAAGCUCUACCAGAAGCACAUGCGCGAAGAGCUUCAAUCAUAUCCGAACCUGUCCAUAAUACUCGAUUCCGUAUCCGACAUUGUCCUGUCGACGGAAGAAACCGAAUCCGGUACAGCACAUCCCGCCAUAUCUGGCGUCCGACUCGACUCUGGCGACAUCAUUCCCACAAAACGAGUGAUCAUAACCACUGGGACUUUUCUAGGCGGGGAGAUUCACAUCGGACUGCAAACAUAUCCAGCAGGUCGGCUAGGCGAAGCGGCAACGUUUGGCCUGAGUAAAUCGCUGCGAGAUGCUGGCUUCCAGCUUGGUCGCCUGAAGACGGGAACGCCCCCUCGAUUGGACAGAUCAAGCAUCAACUUCGAUGUCAUGGAGACGCAGUAUGGCGAUGACUCACCAAACCCCUUCAGCUAUCUGAACAGCAGCGUUGCAGUCCAGGAGCAGCUCACCUGCAGUAUGACCUAUACGAACCAUGCAACGCAUGACGUGAUACGGGAUAAUUUGGAUAAAACAAUACAUAUCCGCGAAUCUGUCAAAGGUCCUCGAUACUGCCCUUCUUUGGAGUCCAAAGUUAUCCGGUUCGCCGACAAGGAACGACACAUUGUUUGGCUUGAGCCUGAAGGCUUUGACGACCCUGUCAUCUACCCGAACGGCUUAUCCAUGACCAUUCCUCCCGAAGGACAAGAGCAAGCACUAAAAACCAUUGUCGGCCUCGAGCAAGUCAAAAUGCUACAACCAGGGUAUGGUGUGGAGUACGAUUACAUCGAUCCUCGUGGACUAAAGUCUACACUGGAAACCAAGGCAAUCGGCGGUCUGUACCUCGCUGGUCAAAUCAAUGGCACCACCGGCUACGAAGAGGCAGCUGGUCAAGGUAUCCUCGCGGGAAUCAAUGCUGGACGAGCGGCGGUUGGUCUUUCAGGAGUGUCACUGUCCAGAUCUGACGGAUACAUUGGCAUCAUGGUGGAUGACCUAGUCACCAAGGGAGUGACCGAACCUUAUCGCAUGUUCACCUCCCGCAGCGAGUUCCGCAUGGCGGCACGAGCUGACAAUGCCGAUUUACGACUUACUGAAAAGGGCCGUGAAUGGGGCGUCGUUGCCGACCGUCGCUGGCAGGCCUUUUCUGACGAAAAAGAUCAGAUCGACAAGCUGACCAAGAGCCUCGAUGCUGUAUCUCUCUCGACAGAGCAGUGGAGGAAGCAUGGUUUCCAAACCAAGCGGGAUUCGCGCCGACGCAGUGGAAUCGAUGUGGUGCGCCUGUCUAAUGCAAAUACUCGUGCAAAUAUGGAACAUCUCAACUCACUGAUUCCUGGCAUCAUGGACUUUUCGCCGCGAAUCCGAGAUCGCGUUGUCUUGGAGGCAACAUAUGCACCUUACAUCAGAAUGCAUGAGGCUGCCAUUGGAAAGUUCAAAAACGACGAGGGUGUCCAGCUGCCUCUGGAUCUGGACUACGACGCUGUUCCUGGUCUCGCACUUUCAGAGCGAGAGGUCCUCAAAAUAACUCGCCCCGAGACUCUAGCCCAAGCUCGCCGCGUAGAAGGCGUAACACCAUCUGGCAGUUUGCGCUUGCUUGCAUAUGUUCGGCGUCGCUCCGACUCCAAGCCGAUGGCUGCUGAAAGUACAUAG